ACCCACUUCGCCACCAUGCUGAACACCUUUGCUCGUCGUGCUCUUGGCCUCAAGCCCGUUGCUGCCACUGCUGUUGCUACCCGGUCGAUGUCGCUGCUCCGCAAGCGCGUCGAGGAGCUCAUCCCCGAGAAGCAGGAGGAGGUCAAGGCCGUCCGCGCCGAGAAGGGCGACAAGGUCCUGUGCGAGGUGACCGUCGACCAGGCGUACGGUGGUAUGCGUGGCGUCAAGUCGCUCGUGACCGAGACUUCGCUCCUCGACCCGCACGAGGGCAUCCGCUUCCGUGGCCUCUCGAUUCCCGAGUGCCAGGAGCAGCUGCCCAAGGCUGCCGGUGGCGACGAGCCGCUGCCUGAGUCGCUGUUCUGGCUCCUCAUGACCGGCGAGGUCCCGACCCAGGCCGAGGCCGAGUCGCUCACGGAGGAGUGGAACGCCCGCUCUGAGGUUCCGGAGCACAUCAACAAGAUCAUUGACUCGUUCCCCAAGACCCUGCACCCGAUGUCGCAGCUCGUCGCUGCCAUCGGCGUCCUCCAGGAGGGCUCGCUCUUUGCCAAGGCCUACGCCGACGGUGUCCACAAGUCCAAGUACUGGGAGACCACCUACGAGGACUCGAUGAACCUCAUUGCUAAGCUGCCGAACAUCUCGUCGCGCAUCUACCGCAACACCUACCACAACGGCGACGUCAUCGCCUCGCCCGGUGAGGACUGGGGUGCCAACAUUGCCGCCCAGCUCGGCUACGACUCGCACGAGGUCAAGGAGCUGAUGCGCCUGUACAUGUUCCUCCACUCGGACCACGAGGGCGGCAACGCAUCUGCGCACGCCACCCACCUCGUCGGCUCGACCCUUUCGGACCCGUACCUCUCGUUCACCGCGGGCGUCACCGCCCUCGCCGGCCCGCUCCACGGCCUCGCCAACCAGGAGGUGCUCCGCUGGCUCAACGUCGUCAUCGACGAGGUCGGCGGCCUCCCGGUCUCGGACGAGAAGCUCACCGAGUACAUCUGGGACACCCUCAACUCGGGCCGCGUCGUUCCGGGCUACGGCCACGCCGUCCUUCGCACCGACGACCCGCGCUACACCUGCCAGCAGCAGUUCGCCCUCAAGCACAUGCCCGAGGACCCCAAGUUCAAGCUUGUCAAGCAGCUCCACGAGCUCGUCCCGCCCAUCCUCACCUCGAUCCCCAAGAUCAAGUCGGGUGCCGCCAACGUCGACGCUCACUCGGGUGUCCUCCUCACCCACUACGGCCUCACCGAGGACAACUACUACACCGUUCUCUUUGCCACCUCACGCGCCCUCGGUGUCCUCGCCUCGCUCACCUGGGACCGCGCUCUCGGCCUCCCGCUCGAGCGCCCGAAGUCGUACACCACCGAGUGGAUCAAGAACAACAUGUAGAUCGUGUGUACGGUCACGUAGCUUUUCCAGUACAUCCUCUGCUUCUCC